AUGUCCUUUGACGGUCGACCUAGCUCUUUCAUUAUGUUGGGUAUGACUGCCAGUCUGGGGGUGGAGUAUGAAGGACUGAAACAUGGGAUCAAAGUCCUCGAGGAGGAGACUGUCCUCCUCAACAGUCAGCUGGAAGACGCACUACGUCUGAAAGACAUUUCUCAGGGUCAGUUGGAGGAGGCCUUAGAUGCCCUAAAGAGUGAGCGUGAGCAGAAGAACAAUCUGAGGAAGGAGCUGGCCCACCACCUCAGCCUGAGUGACAGUGUAUACGGAGCAGGGGCCCACCUGGCCCUCACCGUCACUGGCGUUGAGGGUCUCAAGUUCUCUGAGGAGACCAACAUCACCAACGGUGCUGCUAACGGCAACAACGAGGACAGCAAUAGUCGCAACGGUCAUGUUCACGCAGGCACCGGAUUGGCUAAAAUGAACGGGGAGUACAGACCGGGCUGGAAAGGAGAAGGCCUGCACCCGGUGCCGGACCUGUUCAGUGAACUCAACCUGUCCGAGAUACAGAAGCUCAAACAGCAGCUACUACAGGGUGGCCUGUGUCAUGUUAUUGGUGACUCCUGCUGCACUUACGUUCCCGACACCAGCAAAAACAUUACCGACACCGUGCUACACCUUAACAACCUGUUGGCCAACAUGAAAGAUGAAGACAUAUCCACUGCGAGUGGCUGGGACUGGUGGUCCUGGCUUACAUCGGCUUUCGUUCAGUACGCUGCUAUCCCACUCCAAGAUCCAAUGGGGCGCCACACCUACGCCAACCUUUUGCCCCAAACAUUCUGGCGUGCAGGUGCCCCUGUGACCGAGUCAGAGUCAGAUUCUGAAUUUGACACUGCGAUAUAA